CGCCCGUCCGCGGGCCGCCGGGUCCCGUUAUCAUGUCGCUGAGGCAGCGCCUGACCCAGCUGGCGGGCCGUCUGCAGGAGCCGCAGAAAGUGGCCCGUUUCCAGCGGCUGUGCGGGGUGGAAGCGCUUCCGCGCCGAUCCGCCGGGCCCGCCGCCGCUCAGGGGGAGGAUGAGAAGGCAGAGGCGCCCCUCGCCCGCGGCGUCCGGCGCCGGGAGCCGCAGCUGGGGGCGUCCGCAGGCCCCCAGCCGCCCGGCGGCGGCCGCAAUCAGUGUCCGGCCAAGCCCGGCGGCCGCGGCGCCCCCAACGGCGUGCGGAACGGGCUGGCGAGCGAGCUGGGCCCGGCCUCGCCGCGGCGCGUGGGCGCCCUGCGCCGCAACUCGCUGACGGACGAGGAGGGCGAGCUGGCCCACGUGAGCAACUGGCCGCUCUACUACCUGUUCUGCCUCGGCACGGAGCUGGGCAACGAGCUCUUUUACAUCCUGUUCUUCCCCUUCUGGAUCUGGAACCUGGACGCCCUGGUGGGCCGGCGGCUGGUGGUCAUCUGGGUGCUGGUCAUGUACCUGGGCCAGUGCACCAAGGACGUCAUCCGCUGGCCGCGGCCCGCCUCGCCGCCCGUGGUCAAGUUGGAGGUCUUCUACAACUCCGAGUACAGCAUGCCCUCCACCCACGCCAUGUCCGGCACCGCCAUCCCCAUCGCCAUGGUCCUGCUCACCUACGGCCGCUGGCAGUAUCCUCUUAUAUAUGGACUGAUUCUUAUUCCCUGCUGGUGUUCUCUAGUUUGCCUAAGUAGAAUUUACAUGGGAAUGCACUCCAUUCUGGAUAUUAUUGCUGGAUUCCUAUAUACGAUUUUAAUCUUAAUUAUCUUCUAUCCAUUUGUGGACCUGAUUGACAACUUCAACCAAACUCACAAAUAUGCUCCAUUAAUCAUCAUCGGGCUUCACUUAGCCUUGGGAAUCUUUUCUUUCACUCUUGACACCUGGAGUACAUCCCGAGGAGACACAGCUGAGAUUCUAGGAAGUGGUGCUGGAAUUGCAUGUGGAUCUCAUGUUACCUAUAACAUGGGUCUAAUAUUAGAUCCUUCUCUGGAUAUUCUACCGUUAGCUAGGCCCCCCAUUACUAUGACUCUGUGUGGAAAAGCCAUAUUGAGGAUCCUAAUUGGGAUGGUAUUUGUACUAAUAGUCAGAGAUAUAAUGAAAAAGAUCACCAUUCCUUUAGCCUGUAAAAUCUUCAAUAUACCAUGUGAUGAUGUUCGAAAAGCAAGACAACACAUGGAAGUUGAACUUCCUUAUCGGUAUAUUACCUAUGGAAUGGUUGGUUUCUCUAUCACAUUUUUUGUUCCUUACAUAUUUUUCUUCAUUGGUAUCUCUUGAUGGAGAAAUAGUGUUUAUAAGAAAGGAGGGUAUCAGUUACUGAUAUCUAAAAAUAUAUUCUAGUUAAAAGCCAAAUCAGAGUUAGGCUUUUGCAGGAAUUUAACUUAAAUAAUUAUUUAAGUAAAUUCAUAAGAAUUGGUGCAUUUUGUCAUUGCACAUCCAGAUAUUGUUUUAGGUGACCUGAGCUAUUUUAAACACGGAGAAAAUGAUAAGUAUCCAUUUUGAAUGUUCAUGUAAUGUUUGGAGAGUUUUAUGCUGUUAUGAAUUGGAGUUAUAUAUAAUAUAUAUUAAGAUACAUAAUGGGCAAAUAUGUAUCUAAUAUAUGUUAUAUAUGAAAUAAUAUACCUAAGUUAUUUUAAACUGUGGGGCUGAAUUAUAAAAUCAAUAAUAAUAUGCAAACAAUGUGCCUGUAUAUCUGGACUUAAUACUGGCACGUUGUUAACAGAUAUAUUUAACAUUUAUUUACUAUGGGAGCCAUUUCCUAAUUGCAUAAUUACUAGGCCAGAAUUCAUAUACCACCACAUAAUGAUUUACUGCCUCUUUUUACACUGCCAUCAUCUUUCAUGUUACCCAUGAUAUUGAACAUGGGAGGCAUUUUUAAUGGACCAAAUUUUCAGAAAAAUUCGGUUUUUUAUUCUUUUUUUUUUUUUAAGUUCUGUACACUGUUGAAUGUACUUUAUUUGCAGUUCUGGACAUCAGUUUAAUAAUUCAGGUACUGAAUUUUAUUGCUUGCUAAUUGUGCCUUUCUGUUGCUGGAUUAAGAAAUGCCAUGUAUACUGUGAUAUAAAAAUAAGAUACUAAACUUUAUCUUAAGUUACAUAUAAUCAGGCAAAUAUUUUAAAAAUACAUGUCAAAUUAACAGGGCUAGAAGUAACCCACUCGUAAUUCUUUAGCCUUUAUUUGGAAAGAAAUGUGGAAUGGGCUAAACUUUCUGAUUUAUUGGGAAGCUGAAUGGAUAAAUAUUUCCAUUUUUGUAGGUAUUUUUCUGUGCAUUGUAAGUUAUAGGAACAAGAUAUAUUUUUUGUACAUUGUCUUGAUUGUUUAUACUGCAGGUAGAUAUUUCCAGUGAAUGGAAAUGUAACUGAAAUUUAUAGAUGGGACAAUGCACAGGCUUCAUUUGUAAACAAAUCGUUUUUCUAAAUUAUUUGGAAAGGAUUGGAUUUAGCAGUGUUAACUUUUAAUACCCAUUUAUUAGCUACUUAAGGUAAAUUAUAAAAUCUAAAAGUAUCAGUAUUUCAGAUCCUAUUAUUUUUCGAUUUUUAUUAUUUUCAGAGUGGAAAAUUUGGGUAUUGUAUUAAACUAUUCUUUAUUCUUCUGUCUGUGCCUUUAUAUUUUGAAGUGUAAUUGUAGCUAGGUUAACAUUAAGUUUAUUUGUAGUAAGUUUUUUCAUAAAGAAGAGAAUUAACUUUCCAUAUAAAUGAGCAUCAGGUAUGGAAUUACUGACUUUAGUGCAAUAUCUGUCUGAUUAUCCAGAAUUAUCACUUAAGAUGUUUCUAUUUUGGACAGCAUAACUAUUUGAGCUCAUAUUUUUAUAAUUCUGAUUGAGAAUUUAGGGACAUGGUAAUUUUUACCAACAUUGAAUCUGAUAAUUUUAAAUAAAGCAACUAAAUUUGGGACCUUUACCUAUUAGUAGGAAACCAAGGCACUUAGGAACAUAUCGGUACGUUGGAAAAUGUGCAAAGAACUUUUCUUUCAAAAUGUGUCUAAUGAAUUGAAUUUUAGGGACUAUUUCCCAUAAUCUGGGUCUAUGCUAUCUUAUUGAUUUUUAUAUCUAACUUAAAAGGUAUUUGAAAAUAUUCCAUUUCUUUGUGGUUUAUUAUUUUCUGUCCUAUAAUAGUUCCAUGCUAGGUGUAUUUUAAAAUAAAAGCCAAAUUCAGAAUUGAA